GACGUUCUUUUCCCACGCAAGUCUUUCACGUUGCUGGUUUAUUCAAAAUAAACAAUCAUGUUUAUGCCAAAAGCCCAUCGCGUUGCUGUUUACGAGCAUUUGUUCAAGGAAGGCGUAUUAGUCGCCCAAAAAGAUUUCCAUGCUGAAAGUCAUCCCGAGCUUGAAAGCGUUCCAAAUCUUCAUGUCAUUAAAACUAUGCAAUCACUUAAAUCAAGAAAUUUCGUGAAGGAACAAUUCGCAUGGAGACAUUAUUAUUGGUAUCUCACUAACGAGGGAAUUGAAUACCUCCGUCAAUAUCUUCACUUGCCUCCAGAGAUUGUUCCAUCAACAUUGAAGCGUACAGCUCGCUCAGAAACUGCUCGUCCACGAGCAACAGGACCACGUUCAGAUGGACCCAAAGGUGGAGAAGAUCGUCAAGCGUACCGUCGUGCACCAGGACAAGGACAAGACAAAAAAGCUGAUGUCGGAGCUGGUGCUGGCGACUUGGAACUUCGUGGUGGAUUCGGUCGUGGAUCUCGACCACAAUAAACAAUUCUUUCAUUUAAGGGUAUCAUCGAUCAUUGUAAAUUGAUUGAAAUUCCGUUUAAAAUAAUAAAAAGCCUAAAGCACAUCAUAAGGUUUAAUUAAAAUAGA